AUGGAGCGAUGUCCAGUGUCCCCGGAGGCGGCCCUCUGCGUGCUGCUGCUGGCGCUGCCCGGGGCCUGGCCAGGCCGGCCGGGGCCCGGCUCCUGCCGCGUCCCGGAGAUGCUCCACCACUACCGCGCCGUCAUCUUCCAGGACCUGAAGGCGGCCUUGCGGCUGCGGCUACCCUUGCCAGCUGCCGCGCAUGCGCGGCCAGGCUCUAGACAGAACCACCUGGGAGCUGGCGGCGGGCGGGGCUGGCCUGGAGCCUCCUGCGGUGCCCGACAGGAGCGCACCAUCCUCCUGUCCAUCGAGUCUCUGGUGUGGACCCUGCGCGGAGCGGCGGCCGAGGGCCGUCGGGGCGCCCUGGAGAGAGCGGCGUGGACGGUGGCGGUGAGGACGCAGGCGGUGAUGCGCCGCCACUGCUGGACCGCGCGCCAGGGCAGCCGGCCCCGAGCGCGCCCCGCCCCGGCCCGGAGUCGCGGCGGCCGGAGGCGGCUCCUGAUGCGCGCGCUGGGCACCGUCGCCACCUGCUGGAGCCAGCUCUUCGCGCUGGGCGCCGCGGGCCGGGGCCACGCUGACCCCGCCGCCGGACACCGGGGCCCAGCCCGGCCGCUCCCCGGCCGAGCCCCCCCCACGGCCCGAGCCCCCCCACGGCCCGAGCCCCCCACAGGCUGA